AUGCCAUCGCGCACCCUUCCAACCCUGACCCAGGCCGAGGUAGAGUCGCAUAGCAGCAGCAAGUCCUGCUAUGUCACUAUCGGCGCAAAUGUCUACGACGUGACCGACUUUCUCGAGGGUCAUCCCGGCGGACCCGAGCUUAUCCUUGACUGGGCAGGCAAGGACAUCACCCAGAUCCUCAAGGACCAGGACUCGCACACGCACUCCGACUCGGCCUACGAGAUUCUGGAAGAGUCUCUGGUGGGAUUCGUCGUCAAUGAGAAGAUCGCGGUCGAUCACGAUCUGCAAAAGAAGGUCAAUGGCAACGAUGUGCAGAUCAACGAAAAGGUUACGCCCUUCGUCCACCCGCGAACGGGCAUGAGCUGCGAGGAGGACCUGAGCAAGGACACCGACUACGAUACCGAUUACAAGAGGCACAAGUUCAUUGACUUGAACAAGCCCAUGCUGAUGCAGGUCUGGAGGGGCGGCUUCACCAAGGAGUUCUACCUCGACCAGGUUCACCGCCCCAGACACUUCAAGGGAGGCGCCAGUGCGCCGCUCUUUGGAAACUUCCUCGAGCCUCUCAGUCUGACGCCCUGGUGGGUGGUGCCCAUGGUCUGGCUACCGCCAGUCGCCUACGGCACAUACACUUCACACGAGGGACUCACUGGCUGGACCCAGGUUGCGACAUGCUUUGGAUUCGGUCUCUUCCUGUGGUCUCUCGUGGAAUACGUUCUUCACCGAUUCUUGUUCCAUCUUGACGGUUAUCUCCCCGAUAACCGUGUCGGCAUUACCCUGCACUUCCUUCUUCACGGUGUUCACCACUACCUCCCCAUGGACAGAUAUCGCCUCGUCAUGCCGCCUACGCUUUUCGUCGUGCUAGCAACACCGUUCUGGAAGCUUGCGCAUGCCAUCUUUUACUGGAACUGGCACAUGGCCACGGCCGUAUUCUGCGGAGGAAUCUUUGGCUACAUUUGCUACGAUCUCACGCAUUACUUUUUGCACCACCAGAACCUCCCUCUCUGGUACAAGGAGCUCAAGAAGUACCACCUUGCUCACCACUUCCUAGACUACGAGCUCGGCUUUGGCGUCACCAGCAAGUUCUGGGAUCGCAUCUUUGGCACUGAGCUGGUUACUGUCGUCAAGUCCUCUUAG